CCACAGACAGACACCAGUCUCUCGUAAAGAGGAGACGGACGGUCUCACUUUUAUCAGAGAGACAUCACGAACCUCAGCGUUUAUUCUGCACAUUUAUCCGAAGAUAUAAAAAAGGAUCCGGCUCUUCCGGUUCAUUUUUAUUGGAUAUUUGUUUCUAAAUAAUUUAGCGCAACGCCACCAAGGGCAGGUUAAAGAGAAUGUGUUUUGAUAUUUUUUAGUCUCUUAUUUUUUGUGCCUUGCGAAUGGACAACGAUUGUUUUAUGAGCUAUAUUCUGCAUGCAAAUCUCUAUGGGAAUUAAUUUGCGUAAAAUCCGCUGAUCAGAACUGCGCACAUCAUCACACACCAUCACAGCCAUCAUCCAGCAGGAAACCCGCCGGAGAUCUAGAGGACAUUAGCAGGAUGGAGCAGAUCAGUCAGUGGCUCUGGAAGCAGGAAUACUGGCUUCCUCCGGGAAUCGGCUGGGAGGAUAUGGAGAAGAUGGAGGGCUCUCGGCGUCCUCUCCCCCGGGAUCUGCUCCUGGCUCUGCCUCUCGCUCUGGGAUUUAUCAUGCUUCGUUACGCUUUUGAGAGACGUGUGGCCUUUCCUCUCAGCAGAGUUCUAGGAGUGAAAGAUCAAGUUCGUUUGAAAGUCAAUCCUGCCCCACAUUUGGAAGCAUUUUACACUAAAAACAGCAGACAGCCUACGCAGAAUGAGAUCACCAGUCUGGUUAACCAGUGCAACCUGACUCAGAGACAAGUAGAGACCUGGUUCCGGAACCGCAGGAACCUGGACAGACCCAGCAACAGUAAGAAGUUUUGUGAGGCCAGUUGGAGAUUUGUGUUCUACCUGGUUGCUUUCGCAGCGGGAUUUGCAUCUUUAAUUAACACGCCCUGGUUCUGGGAGCAGAGAGAGUGCUGGAGAGGAUAUCCUCAACAGCCGGUGCAGGACGUUCACUACUGGUACUACAUGCUUGAGCUGGGCUUCUACUGGUCUCUGCUGCUCUGUGUGUCUGUGGACGUCAAAAGAAAAGAUUUCAAAGAACAGAUCAUCCACCACUUUGCCACUAUUUUCUUGCUGGGUUUCUCGUAUUGCUCCAACUACAUUCGGGUCGGCACCCUGGUGAUGCUCGUCCACGACUCCUCGGAUUUCCUCCUCGAGUCUGCCAAGAUGUUCAACUAUGCGGGUUGGAAGAAAACUUGCGAUUCACUGUUUGUGAUUUUUGCCGCUGUAUUCCUGGUUACACGCCUGGUCGUGUUUCCGAGCAAGAUCAUCUACACCACUCUUGUUUUGUCUAUGGAGGUGUUUGAGCCCUUUAUGGGAUAUUAUUUCUUCAAUGCGCUGCUGCUGGUGCUGCAGGUGCUGCACAUUUACUGGGCGUAUCUCAUCCUGAGAAUGAUCUACAAGUUUCUCUUCUUAGGGAAACUGGAUAAGGACGAACGCAGUGAUGUUGAAAGUGAACCAGAGGAGGAAGAGAAUGAAGAAGAGGAAGAGCAGGAGGAAGAUCAGUCUUCCUGGAGGAAGAGGAAAGUGGUGCUGGAUUCCAGGCUGGCCAUGCUCAGCUCCAGCUGCGUCCUAAAUAACCUGACUAAUCAGAAAGCAGACACCAACAGAAGACUGCCUAAAGCCAGAUAGCAACAAUGACAUGUUUGUUUCAGCAGACAGAGAUGAGUUACUUGUUUGGUUUAUUAGAGCAUCACUGCAGAAGAAAUUCACUGUGCUUCUACGACACAAAAGAACACAAAUCACUCGAAUGCACACAUGCUUUAAUCUCAUUUACACAAAUAACCAAGUCAAGGAUGAAGUAUUUAUGUGGGAGGGGUAGAUUACUGAAUGUAUUUAUGUUUUUAAGUGUAACUUACACCUCAUAUUGCUACUAAAAGAGAAUAAAAUAUUUGCUGAUAUAUGCACUUAGUUCACAACAGAUCAGCAGUGCAAACUCACAUCAUUCUCUGGUAAAUAGGCUACAAAUGACUUUUUAACUGAAAAACACUAUUUAUUGUGCACUUGUAUGAUGAAAAUACCUUAUAUGAAGGUCUAUAUGAAUCAUGAAUGAUUUGUUUUGUAAAUAGAGCUGUAGGUUUCAUUUUGAAUAUCACUGUGGAAUAUGUUUUCAUGUAUUCUGGUAGAAUAUAAAAAAAUAUAUUGU